AUGCAUAGCACCGCGGCAGCGAGUACGCAAUUUGCCGGUUCCCGUAAAGAUCUUCACCAUGCUCAACAGAAACAACAAAUGGUGAUGCGCCAGUCCCCUACAGCAAGCAUUGAUACCGAGCACAACGACAUGAUCUACGACAUUCAGCUGGACUAUUAUGGCAAGCGAUUGGUCACGUGCUCGUCCGAUCGGACAUUCCGCGUAUACGAUGUGUCAAAAGCAAUUGCAUUAAGUGGAAAUAAAGACGAUCAAGUGGAAGAUAAAAAUGGAAUGGAGCUCCAGCAGCAGCAACAACAACUGUACGCGUUGCAGCAUGUUGUAUCUCUAAGCGACGACUCGGCGGCCCCUAUCCAUCGCGCAGCAUGGGCGCACCCAAAAUUUGGCGCAGUACUGGCACUGGCUGCUCAAGAUGGAAAAGUGUACAUUUAUCGAGAGGAGCUAAUCCAGCAAGGAGCUGGAGGAGUCCCAAAUGUAACGGAAUGGAGGCUGAAACACUCACACAAAUUUCAUUCACUAGCUGUACUGAGUGUGUCCUGGGCGCCCUAUGAGUACGGACUGUGUCUAGCUAGUGCCUCGGCUGAUGGACAGGUCUCGUUCCUCACUCGCAUGCGUGAGGGAUGGGUGGUGUCGUCUAGCUUUCGCAAUUCAAACGAGGGAAUGGGCUGCACAUCUGUGAGCUGGGCACCUUAUAACUCAUUGGGCUCGCAAGGGGCGCAAGGGCCAAUCCAGCGUGUGGUCACUGGAUCAUGUAACGACGCAGUUACGAUCUGGCGACUUGUUUUAGCAAAACAGGAAGGCAUCCCGGCAAACGUGAUUGCAUCGGGGUCGGAUGAUCAUACGGUGCGUGUUUGGACUCAAGAUGAGGCCGAUGGCGAUUGGGCCUCCCAUGUAUGUUGCCGCUGGUGA